AUGAGUAUGGACCAAUACAUUUUCGUUCAUGAUACCAUAGCUAGUUCAACCUCGCCUCAAGGCGAUUCAACUGAUUCAACAAACAAUGGUUCAAGCAUCGUUAUGUCAUGCCCCGCCGGACUCGAUUUAUCUUCUUAUGACUUUAAUCUUCAUUUGAUUUCUUUUUUUGUGGUUCUUGUAACCAGUUCCUCUGGUGCAUUAAUUCCGGUCGCCUCAAAAAGACUUCCUGCAUUGAGGAUUCCACCUGCAGUAUUCUUUAUUACCAAACAUUUUGGGACUGGGGUAAUACUUGCCACGGCUUUCGAGUCAUUAUCCGAUUACAGAGCUUGGCCAGGUGCAAUCGCAAUGAUUGCUUCAGUAGUUAUUUUUUUUAUCGAAUAUAUUUCUCUGAAUUAUAUUGAAAGUGCCAAAAGUGAUUAUUUACCUAUUGACAAUAACAAUGAUCCUAUUUACGGAAAUUCUGAAAGUCUACUACCUGCGGGAGGCCUUGACAGAAAUUCUUUAUUAACAAUCGAUGCCCAAAUUAUGGGAAUUAUUAUUUUGGAAAUCGGUAUUUGCAUUCAUUCAAUAAUUAUUGGAUUGGCAUUGUCGGCUUCAACUGGAUCUGACUUUAUUUCACUGUGGGUUGCCUUGAUGUUUGAAGGACUUGGUUUAGGAUCUCGUAUUGCCGAACUCAAUUAUACUGAAAGCAGUAUUAAACCAUGGUUGAUGUCAUGUGCAUAUGGCUUAACAACCCCGAUAGGUAUUGCCAUAGGUCUAGGCGUUCAUGGAACUUACAAUCCUGCUUCACAAACGGCACUCCUCGUGCAAGGAAUUCUUGAUUCAAUGUCUGCCGGAAUUCUUUUAUAUACUGCUUUAGUUGAACUUAUGGCUAAUGACUUUAUAUAUAAUCCUGAAUUUCGAAACUCUUCCAAGAUCAAACAGCUUGCUGCCUUCACAUGUUUGGUAAUUGGAAUUUCCCUUAUGGCUUUGAUUGGUCUUUGGGCAUGA